GCGGGGUUUAUACGAGAUAGUUGGAUGCGAUCUGGCGGAUUUAUGAACAUGUUCUAGUCAAGAAUCAAAAAUCCUUUUAUGUCGUAAGCUGGACUAGCCUGACCAGUCUGAGAGUAUGAUCAACGGCUGAACACCUCUCGUCUCAAACCAACCUCGGAUGCCUUGCGAUUGCCGCCUGAGAAUCCACCAUAUCUAUGUCUGGUUAAUCAGAUCGAUAAACUUUGGAAGUUGGGACACACUGUACCAUAGUAACUUCCUUGUGAGCUUUCACCUUUCGUACAUGGUACUUCAAUACACCGACGUCAACUCCGUAUGCUUGAGAUAAUGCUAGAAAUCAAUUCGUGAAAUGCGGCAUGUCAUUCAAGUCAAAUCAAUU